CUCUGUUCAUUGGGCGAGUCAACACAAACAAUUGGACAACAACGGAGAGCUUAGUGCAGCGGACCACCAUUUAUGGUACAAGAGCAAGUAUUUAGCAAACCUAUUGGUACAGGAAUGGUAUGCCUAAGGAUGCUGGACCUGUGACUCAAUCAGCAGAACCGCACCAAGUUGGCUGUUUUUGAAAGAUGGAGAUGCAGGACAGCCCAAAAGCAGCGGAUUACCAAGUGGAGGAAGACAUAAUGGCAUCGCAGGUACUCGAGAUCAUUUGUGGAUUCGGCGCUGAGACCCUUCGAAGCCCAGACCCAGAGGAGAUAGAUGUGUGGUCAGUAGAGGAGGGAGAUGACUCUGUGUUCUACAGCGAUGAAGAGCAAACCCAGGAACACAUUAAAGCAAACAGAUCUCGUGAUACUGGCAGAUGCAGGCGUCUUUAUAACAGCGAGGCGGCCAGCGUUGAUGCUCAACCCUCAGAGAGGAAUGAAGGUGCUCUGCAGGUGCUUUGGACCGAAGCAGAGGCAGGCAAGGAGCCCCGGGCUUUGGAAACUGAGCAGAGGUGUCCAGAGGUGGAGACUCAUGAGGGCGACUCUCCUGAGUUAAACUGCAAGCCAGAAAGGUCCGAGGACCGUGCUUCAUCAGAUGAAGAGGAGCGGAGACGGGCUCCAGAUGUGGAAAGCAUCUCGAACCAGCUUGGCUCAGGCUCUGAGUCAGAGGAGUCGUCCGACAUCGACGAUCCCGAUGUCCCACCGCUGGACCCCGUUCCUGGCUACUCCACUCUGCCUCUGCCAAAGAAGUCGCCAAACAACCUUGGACGCCAGAAAACCUUCAACCACCUCUUGGCCUCCAAAUACAGCUCCGUCUCCUACCGCAAGAUCCGUCGAGGAAACACCCGCCAGAAGAUCGAGGAGUUUGAGUACAUCAUGAUGAAUUUGUAGUUGCUCAUUUACACGUCUAAAUUUUAAAAUGCACCCGUUACUCGGCCUGUUUUGAUCCCAUGUAGAGAAUUUAGUCGGACUUUACACAUAACUACUGACCUGACCUGAAUAUAAGACAACCUCUGGGGUUGUCGAAAGGGUGUCAACUUUCUCAUCUGCUAAUUCUGCUUCAUUAUCUUAAAAUUAGCAUCAUAACUCCUCCUCUGUUGUUUGCUAACUUUAAGACACUUUUUCCAGCAUAGCAUAUCUCCAGCUCACUGGUGUGUGAGUGACCGGAAGAAAAGCAUUCACUCUCGUCGUUUGGCGCCACCUGUUGGUUUGCAUGGCAAGACAAGGCAAGGCAAGUUUAUUUAAAGAGCACCGUUCGUACACAAGGUAAAUCAAAGUGCUUUACAGAAAAGAAGGCUAGAAACAAAAUCAUUCUAAAAUCAAAGUUCCAUAAAUGAUUCCAUAAAACAAAAAAAAUUAAGAAUGGAGAGUGCAGAUAAAAUAGUUUCAGUUGUCAUAUGCAUGGUUGAAUAGACGUGUUUUCAGCUUGGAUUUCAACGUUGCCAAAAUUGAGGAUUGUCACACAUCUUCUGGAAGACUGUUUCAGAUUUUGGCAGCAUAAAACUGAAAUGCAGCCUCACCAUGUUUAGUCCUGACUCUGGGCACCCGCAGGAGACCCGUCCCUGGGCUUCUGGGCUUCAGCCUGCUGGAUGUCAAUCUCUGGAUGUUAGAUGUAAGAUGUGCAGUCUUUUUCAGUCAUUUUUUUCUGGGGAUAAAUAUCUUACAAGGUGGUUAGCAUACGCAUGCUUUUUCAUACUUAAUAUUGUCUAUUAAGAUCUUAGCUUCGACCAGUCCGGGGGGUGCACCCCACCACUCGCCCAAAGACAUCUGGGAUAGGCUCCAGCACACCCUAGUGAGGACAAGCGGUACAGAAAAUGGAUGGAUGGAUGAUGUUAGCGGGUUGUAUUUUAGUAGUAGUAGUCGUAGUUAUUUGGUUAUUACGUGUUUUACAGUGGAACCUUGGUUAGCGUACGCCUCGGUUAGCGUGUUAACAUCAAAUAUUUACGACAAAAUGUUGCCAUGGUUUGUGCACAUUUUCCAGUUAGCGUACAAUAUGGCAUGUGUCUUGUGUUAUUAAAACACUGCGUGAGUGCACGGAAACAGUAACCGGAGGUCGGCUCCAGCGCCUGUCAAGUUCUUUUGCUAACUGACAAAAGUCACAAGUUUAAAAAAUGUCAACACAUAACACAUUUUUAUAGUUUUACAUUCAUAAAACAGUUCUAAAUGCAUAUCAAUGAUGAAUGAAAGGGAUAAAUUAGCAUUUAAGAUGAUUUUUACUUUCACUGAGACAAAAACAUGAUGUGAGAUCAACACAGACACCACCUUCGUGUUUUGCUAUGAAUUAUUUCUUGAAUUUAAUAGUGUUGCUGAAUUUCUUAUCAAAAUGCUGACACUUGCCACUUUACUUGGCUUCAUUUGGGCUUACUUUGCAGCCAUGAUCAAUGAGAAAAGCACAGACCUGAGGUGAGUAACGCUACUGAAUUCAAGAAAUGACUCAUGGCAAAACACAAAGGUGGUCUCUGUAUUGAUCUUGCUGCCACAUUGUGUCUUUGGCUCAUGUCGUCAAUGUGACCUUGUGUGUUCAUAUGCUCACGAUCCUUCUUCCAACUCUUCCUAUCACUGUGAAGCAGAAUUCACCAAGCGUUGGAUUGCUCACCCGCUAAUACUUAAGUAUCACGUAGGGAACGUGAGCUGGUUUAGACCGUCACAGCUUAGUUUUACCCAACUGAUGACGCGUUGUUGCAAUGUGUUGUCUUUCAUUCAUAAUUUCUAUGGAUUUUUGUGCAUUUAGAAUUGCUUCCUGCAUGGAAAACUAUUAGUUGUAAAACGAUAAAAACACGUUUUCUUUUAACAUUUUUGGCUUUCUGCAAUGGAUUAAUUGGAUUUGCUUUAUUUCUUAUGGGAAAAAUUGAUACAGUUAGCGUACAUUUUAGCUGGAGUCGGACCUUCUGCUGCGGAUUAAUGAUUCUAACCAAGGCUCCACUGCAUUAGGGGCAUUAUGGUAAUAUGCACAAUUUAAUUUACAAAAAAGGAGAGACAUACACUGCUUUAUUUUGAGAAGUGUUUACAAUGGUUAAUAUUUUGUAUAUCCCUGCUAAAUACUUUAAAAUGCUUUGCUCUUGAUGUACAAAUCCACAGUCAAGCAGCUCAGGGCUUUAGGUCUUAAUGUUAAACAAUGGAUGUGAAAUAAACAGAUAGCGUUUCAACUCAGCCUUUGGUC